AUGGAUAACCAAUCCAUUUUCCAAUAUAGUUGGGAGAUUUUACCCAAGAAAUGGGAACAUAAAAUGAAAAGAUCGGAACAUGGGAAUAGAUCUUAUACCAAUACUGACUACCCAUUUCCAUUGUUGUGCUUUCUAAAAUGGCAUACCUAUACAAGGGUUCAAGUUUCGAUCGAUAUUUGCGGAGUGGAUCAUCCCUCUCGAAAACGCAGAUUUGAAGUUGUCCAUAAUUUACUGAGUACUCGGUAUAACUCGCGCAUUCGUGUACAAACAAGUGCAGACGAAGUAACACGAAUAUCUCCGGUAGUCAGUCUAUUUCCAUCAGCCGGCCGGUGGGAGCGAGAAGUAUGGGAUAUGUCUGGUGUUUCUUCCAUCAAUCAUCCGGAUUUUCGCCGUAUAUCAACAGAUUAUGGUUUCGAGGGUCAUCCAUUACGAAAAGACUUUCCUCUGAGUGGAUAUGUGGAAGUACGCUAUGAUGAUCCAGAGAAACGUGUGGUUUCUAAACCCAUUGAGAUGACCCAAGAAUUUCGCUAUUUUGAUUUUGCUAGUCCUUGGGAACAGCGUAGCGACGGAUAAUUCUGAAUCUACAUAGGUCUAAUCCAGGGGACAAAUCAAUAGGAAAUGAUAUUUGCUUCUUAAGAAGAAGAACUUUUUUGAAAUGAAAGAGUUUCCACGGGCGUCGGAUAUCAUUUCUUCAAAUAAGGAAGAAGUGUUAUCGAAGGAU